AUGAGUAGCCCACGCCGCAGAAUUGAGACUGAUGCUCAUGAGCGACUACGAGGUCACUCUAGUCAACGACAACAUGUAAGACAUCCUCCGUCACAUUUUACGACUCUCCUCGCAGACCGACUUGUUCUAACACCACCUAGGCAAGAAUUCUUUGUUCGAUUCAAAGGCCCAGCUGAGACUCCAUUUGAAGGCGGACUCUGGAAAGUGCACGUCGAAUUACCCGACACCUAUCCGUAUAAGUCACCUAGCAUCGGCUUCGUCAACCGCAUCUUCCACCCCAAUAUCGAUGAGCUGUCCGGAUCCGUUUGCCUGGACGUCAUCAACCAAACCUGGUCACCCAUGUUCGAUAUGAUCAACAUUUUCGAGGUCUUUCUUCCGCAACUUCUCCGCUACCCGAACCCAACAGAUCCUCUCAACGGCGAGGCCGCUGCCUUGUUGAUACGAGAACCUAAGAGCUACGAUGCCAAGGUGAAGGAGUAUGUGCAAAAGUAUGCGACGAAGGAUGCUGCCGACGAAGCCGGGGCCGAGAGUGAAGACGACGACGACAUGUCUUCAGUCGCUAGUUUUGGUGAUGAGGACGAGGAACCCGCAGGACAGAUGGACGAUGUUUAA